UUCCUGAGAGACGAGUCCCGUUGUAUGUUAUCUGACAGUCGCUGACGAUUGACGAGUCCAUCAGCUCAGUGGCCGUUGAUGGACCAUCCCUAUGAAGAAACAGGGUUACAAUGGGACAGAGUACCUCGGAACAAGAGGUCCAAGGCGACACCCCAGAGGACGGGUUUAAUGACAUCAAGCCAUUGGUGGAGGAGGAACUACAGACGAGCAUGAUGGUGGGGAUGGUGAUUGGUGCAGGCAUCGCCAUUGUUCUCAUCGCCAUCCUCAUCUUCUUCAUCCUGCGGAGGAUCCAGCUGCGGAAUCGGGAAGCUCAGGAGGCUCCAAAAUACCGCUUCCGCAAGAGGGACAAAGUCAUGUUCUACGGGCGAAAGAUGUUGCGUAAAGUCUCCCAGUCUACCUCUUCCCUGGUGGGUACAUCCUCUUCCUCUCGGCCGCGCCUCAAGAAGAAGCAGAAGAUGCUCAAUAUUGCCAAAAAGAUCCUGCGCUUUAAGAAGGAGGUGCCCAUCCUUCAGGCUAAGGAGCCCCCUCCAUCCGUGCUGGAGGCAGACCUUACAGAAUUUGAUGUGGCCAACUCCCACCUCCCUUCCGAGGUGCUCUACAUGCUCAAAAAUGUCCGUGUGCUGGGUCACUUUGAGAAGCCCCUCUUCCUGGAGCUGUGUAAACACAUGGUGUUCCUGCAAUUCCAACAAGGGGAGUACGUUUUCAGGCCAGGCCAGCCUGACAGCAGCAUCUACGUGGUGCAGGACGGAAAACUAGAAUUGUGCCUUACUGGAGCGGAUGGCAAAGAGAAUGUGGUGAAGGAGGUUUUCCCAGGAGACAGCGUCCACAGCCUCCUCAGCAUCCUGGAUGUCAUCACAGGCCACCAGAAGCCUUACAAAACGGUGUCAGCACGGGUCGCAGAGGUUUCCACUGUUCUCCGUUUACCUGUAGAGGCCUUCCUCUCUAUAUUUGAGAAGUACCCUGAGAGCCUCGUGCGAGUAGUACAGAUUAUCAUGGUUCGUCUCCAAAGAGUAACAGUCCUAGCACUGCACAACUAUCUGGGACUCACCAAUGAGCUCUUCAGCCAUGAAAUGCAUCCCUCACGUCUGCCACCUCCAUCACCCCACCCAACUCGCACCAGUCCCAUCCGCCAUGGCAAGCGCUUUGGCAGCCUGACAGUGCCUGAGGAGCAAAGAGAAGCUGCCAUUAAGGGAGAAGCUGCAGGAGAACAAGGAAAGGAUGGAGCAACAGUGCCAACUCUUAGUAGGACCAUCUCCAUGCCCGUGGACAUCGCUGGUAUGCAGAAAAGUCUGAGGUCAGACUUCGACAUGGCGUAUGAAAGGGGGCGGAUCUCAGUCUCUGCAGAGGAUGGCAACACUCCUCCCACCUUUACUCGGUCUGGGUCCCAGGACCAGCGGGAGAGGAAGGUGACAGUAGAUGAAGUUCCGUCAGGGAUCUACCUGUAUCCAGAAGAAGACCAGGGAGUGGACAAUAUUUUCACACCUUUAACCAGUCGAUCCAGUGCUGCUCUGUUUGAGGAAGCUCAGAAAGAGGUCCUCAAACUCAUGAGGAUUGAGGACCCAUCUUUGUUAAAUGGGAGAGUGACUCUGCACCAUGCAAAAGCUGGAGCUGUCUUAGCCAGACAGGGAGACCAGGACGUGAGUCUGCACUUUGUCCUGUCAGGCUGUCUGCAUGUCUACCAGCGGAUGAUCAACAAGCAGGAAGCUGUCUGCUUGUUUGUGACCCACCCAGGGGAGAUGGUGGGCCAACUGGCCGUGCUCACCGGAGAACCCCUCAUCUUCACCAUCAAGGCUGUCAGAGACUGCACUUACCUCAAGAUUUCAAAAUCGGAUUUCUACGAGAUCAUGAGGGAACAGCCCAGCGUUGUGCUGAGUGCAGCCCACACAGUCGCCAUUCGCAUGUCUCCUUUUGUCAGGCAGAUGGACUUUGCCAUUGACUGGAUGGCUGUGGAGGCUGGCAGAGCCCUCUACAGACAGGACGACCGAUCAGACUGUACCUACAUCGUUCUCAAUGGACGUCUGCGUUCAGUCAUCCGCAAGGCAAAUGGCAAGAAAGAACUAGUUGGGGAAUACGGCAGAGGAGACCUCAUUGGAGUGGUGGAGGCGUUGACCAGGCAGCCAAGAGCCACCACUGUCCAUGCUGUGAGAGACACGGAGCUGGUCAAACUGCCAGAGGGAACGCUGAACAACAUCAAAAGACGAUAUCCACAGGUCGUGACAAGGUUGAUCCACUUACUAGGCCAGAAGAUCCUGGGGAACCUGCAGCAGGGCCGCGGGCCAUUCUCAGGCUCAGCUCUGAGUCUGCCCAGUAUGACAACUAGUGCAGAUGUAACCAACCCUGCCAGCAACCUCUCCACUGUGGCUGUGCUGCCUGUGUGUGAUGAGGUGCCCAUUAAUGCGUUCAACCUGGAGCUCAGCCAUGCCCUCAGUGCCAUUGGGCCCACUCUGCUGUUAACUAGUGAAAUUAUCAGAGAACGUUUGGGAGCUUCUGCUUUGGACAGUAUCCACGAGUACCGUCUUUCCGGCUGGCUGGCCCAGCAGGAGGACAUCAAUCGGAUCGUCCUGUACCAGACUGACAGCAGCAUGACCCCGUGGACGCAGCGCUGCAUCCGCCAGGCUGACUGUAUCCUCAUUGUUGGCCUGGGGGACCAGGAACCUGCCCUAGGACAGUUGGAGCAGAUGCUGGAGAACACAGCAGUCCGUGCUCUGAAGCAGCUGAUCCUGCUGCACAAAGAGGACGGCCCGGGCCCCUCGAGGACGGUGGAGUGGCUCAACAUGCGAAGCUGGUGCUCUGGGCAUCUUCACCUCAAGUGUCCUCGUAGGGUCUUCUCCAGACGCAGCCCCAGCAAACUGAGGGACGUAUACGAGAAGGUGUUUGAGAAAACGGCAGACAGGCACAGUGAUUUCUCUCGGCUGGCCCGAGUCCUGACUGGAAACAGCAUCGCCCUGGUGCUGGGAGGAGGUGGAGCCAGAGGCUGCUCUCACGUUGGUGUUAUCAAAGCUAUGGAGGAAGCAGGGAUUCCUAUUGACAUAGUGGGUGGGACCUCCAUUGGCUCAUUCAUUGGUGCACUGUACGCUGAGGAGAGGAGUGCUGUCAGAACCAAACAGAGAGCAAGAGAGUGGUCCAAGGCAAUGAACUCUGUUUUUAAAACAGUCCUGGACCUGACCUACCCCAUCACCUCCAUGUUCUCUGGCUCUGCCUUCAACACCAGCAUCUAUAAAGUGUUCCAGGACAAACAAGCUGAGGACCUGUGGCUGCCAUAUUUUAACGUCACCACUGACAUCACUGCCUCAGCCAUGCGUGUUCAUCAGGAUGGUUGUGUCUGGCGCUAUGUUAGAGCCAGCGCCUCCUACACCCCCUAUUUACCUCCCCUGUGUGACCCCAAGGAUGGCCACUUGCUUGUGGAUGGUUGCUAUGUUAACAAUGUCCCAGGCUCUCUGUGGCGCUAUGUGCGGGCGAGCAUGACCCUCUCAGGGUACCUGCCGCCUCUCUGCGACCCCAAAGAUGGCAACUUGCUAAUGGACGGUGGCUACAUCAACAAUCUGCCAGCGGACAUUGCGAGGAACAUGGGUGCCAGAACAGUCAUUGCCAUUGACGUGGGAAGCCAAGAUGAGACUGACCUCUGUAACUAUGGCGACUGCCUGUCUGGCUGGUGGUUACUGUGGAAACGGAUCAAUCCCUGGGCAGAGAAAGUAAAGGUGCCAGACAUGGCAGAGAUCCAGUCUCGGCUGGCGUAUGUGUCCUGUGUGCGACAGUUGGAGGUGGUGAAGAAGAGUGCCUACUGCGAGUACAUCAGACCACCCAUCGACCGCUUCAAGACAAUGGACUUUGGAAAGUUUGAUGAGAUCUAUGAUGUGGGCUUCCAGCAUGGCAAAUUGGUAUUCACUGGCUGGGCCCGAGGUGACAUCAUCCAGAACAUGCUGAAGGACCACCGCUCAGCUGACUACAACAAUAGCAAGAGAACUGACUCCUGCACGUGUCCAGCAGCUGAUUUCACUGACCUUGCAGAAAUAGUGUCCAGGAUAGAGCCGGUCCAAAGCUAUGUAGCUGCAGAUGCGGAGGAGUCGGACUGUCUGACGGAGUACGAGGAAGACGGGAUGGAUACGGUGAGAGAGGAGGAGGGUGAGGAAGAGGAGGAAGAUGCAGAGGACCCCGAGGAUCACUCCCCUGGAGAGUGGGGGCAGAAUGGAGUCUUCCAGACUGAUGAGGAGAAAUCUGUGAGGCAACGCAGGAAACUCACCAGUGACACCUCUGAAGUGUCAGACUGCUGACAGAGGGCCGCUGGAAAGUAGACGGAGUUUAACCAAGAACAAGGGACAAAUCACAGGCUCAUGAAUCAUCAAAGCUACAGGACGUUGCUCCUGCAACUUCUGAAACUCUUAAACACUGUUUUUGUUAUUCUGUAGAGAAUCUGUUGAUUCUCUAAACUGUUAAACCUUAAUUGCAUCAAGUCUUGAAUUGGCAUCAUCUGUCGCAUUCUGACCACCGGGUCAGAAAGAUCAUCCAAAUGAGAAAGGUUUUCGAAGGAUGUGCCACUCAGUGAUUUUCUCAUCACUUCUGCAACAACCUGACCUGUUGCCAGAAACCCUGCCUGCCAAAACAUGAACUCCCACAGCGACCAACUCAACAAAUCCACUUCCAGUUCCCCACUUCAAAUCGCCUGCAUGUUCCAUCUGCAUCUCUGAAUCGUUAUGUACAUACAGCUGUGUUGCACUUGAAGUAUUUCAUGGUCAAUUCAUUUCUUGUGUGGGGGUUGUUUACUGCUUCUAUGUUAGAAUGACUUGUACACGAGCAAAGCUGUGAUUUGCUGAAAUAGUAGCAGGGCACUGAAAAGAAAAGUAAGAAACUCGUACAGUUGAACUGUAGUUAGUAAGUUAGGUAAGUUUAGCAUAGAUGUGAAGUAGGGAGUGAAGUAGGGGAAGUUCUAGGAGGAAUAGUUCUCCAUGUAGACACCAGAGUAGAGUUUAUUUUGAUCUGGACCGGUGUUUAGAAGCAGGACAAGGGUUGAUUCAUAUUUAAAAAGAAAGAUGUUUUAAUUUAAGCUGUAGAAAGUUUGGAAAAGUGGGUUAUGAAAACAAAGUGAUAUAGGUGUGCAGAUUAGAAAAGAGAUGGACCAGAGAGUUCAACUUUUAAAUGUGGAGAGAAUGUGAGACACGGAGUCUGUGUGCUUGAAAUGUUAUGUUUCUGCUGUUUGAGAUGAUGCCAGAUAAAGACAAUGCCUUCUCAAGCAGUGUUUGAUGAACUGUGACUGCGGAUCAUUCGACGAACACGCUACCACCUUCCACUCACACAACGUCACACGCACAGUGCUCUGAGUUCCUGUGUACAACAACAUAUCUGACAAAGAAAAGACUGAUUUCACAGUUACAGAAAUCUCCAAAACCAUUGCAAGAGAUUAAUGUCAUCUUGAAGUGGAUACGCAGAUUUCUUGAGUGAUCCUAAACUCCAAAUGGACUGAACUUCACCUCAUGUAUGUAAUUAUAAAAACACUUCAUUAAUAGGGACCUAAUGUAGAAAUUGUAACAAUAUUAUAUAAUAUUAUUAAAGUGUUAAUAUUAAUAUAUGUAUAUGAAGUGGACAUUUGUAAAUAGAGGCUUUGCUGCAAAACAAAGGAACCUAAUCAAAAAAAGGGUUUCUGCUCAGAAAAUCCAUUCUGUUUUUACGGAUGGUCACCAGAUGAGCUUUGUGUUUUUAAUUUAUAAUUCUUAACUACUGGCUUUAAAAAAAGAAUUUUCUUUUUUUUUAAGAUUUUUUGGGGGGCUCUCCUAUUUCAAUUAACCUGGCUUUAGCUGUUUGCACUGAAACAUUUGAAGUAUUCCUUGCUGCGAAGAUGUUUGGUUUAGUAAUUCCCAUCCAACUUGAUAUGCCAAGGGAAUCUAAAUGAAAAGUGAUGCUAAUGUA